CGGGCUGAGACCUUUUCCGAGCGGAAGGCUGCAAAACGGCGAGCGUUUCCAGCUUGAUCGUUAGGAAACCGCAGAACAACCUCAGCAGGUGCGCGGUCCCGAGGCCUCCAUGGAGCUCCUGAUGGCGGCUUCGCGCAACGCUACCGGCGGCGGCGGCGACCACGACGCCAGCGCCGCCGACGGGAGCCCCGCGGCCACCGCCACGCUGCUGCUCGCGCUCUGCGUUCUCGCGGCCGCCCGGAGCCUCGCGCGCAACAAGUGCCUCGUGCCAGGUCCGUCCUUCUGCCUGGGCAUCGGGCCGCUGCUCUCCUAUGGCCGCUUCAUGUGGACGGGCAUCGGCACGGCGAGCAACUACUACAACGAGCGGUACGGCGACAUCGUGAGGGUGUGGAUCGACGGAGAGGAGACGGUCAUCCUGAGCAGGCCCUCCGCCGUGCACCACGUGCUGAAGAACGCGCAGUACACCUCGCGCUUCGGCAGCGAGGAGGGGCUGCGGUGCAUCGGCAUGCAUGAGAAGGGCAUCAUCUUCAACUGCAACGUGGCUCUCUGGAAAAGGUUCCGCGCCUACUUUGCCAAAGCUCUGACAGGUCCAGGCCUGCAGCAAACCUUGGGCGUCUGUGCUGCGUCUACCUGCAGCCACCUGGAGCUCGUGCAGGACAUGAGGGACGCCGACGGCCACGUGGACGUGCUCAACCUGCUGCGCUGCAUCGUGGUGGACAUCUCCAACAAGCUCUUUCUGAGGGUCCCGCUGGACGGAAAGGAGCUGCUACUGAAGAUUCAGAAGUACUUUGACACCUGGCAGACAGUACUGAUUAAACCUGCCAUUUUCUUCAAGUUCGGCUGGAUCUGUAAAAAACACAAAGAUGCUGCCCAGGAGCUUCAGGAUGCCAUGGAAGCCCUGAUUGAGAAGAAGCGGAAAGCACUCCAUCAGGCAGAAAAGUUGGACGACCUUGACUUCACAGCUGAUUUGAUAUUCGCCCAGAGCCAUGGCGAGAUGUCAGCGGAUGAUGUCAGGCAGUGUGUGUUGGAGAUGGUGAUCGCAGCGCCGGACACCUUGUCUAUCAGUCUGUUCUUCAUGCUCAUGCUGCUGAAGCAGAAGCCCGAAGUAGAGGAGAAGAUCCUCGAGGAGAUAGACACCUUCAUAGGUGACAAGGAGAUACAGAAUGCUGACUUGCACAACCUGAAGAUCCUUGAGAGCUUCAUCAACGAGUCUCUGAGGUUUCAUCCCGUGGUGGAUUUCACCAUGCGGAAGGCGCUGGCCGACGAUGUCAUCGACGGCUACAAGGUGGCGAAGGGCACCAACAUCAUUCUCAAUGUGGGACGCAUGCACAGGGCACAAGAGUUCUUCCCCAAACCACACGAAUUCAGCUUGGAAAACUUUGAGAAAACUGUCCCCAGUCGAUACUUCCAGCCGUUCGGCUCGGGGCCGCGCUCCUGUGUGGGGAAGCACAUCGCCAUGGUGAUGAUGAAGGCCAUCCUGGCAACGCUGCUGGGCCGGUACACGGUGUGCCCACGUGAUGGCUGUACGCUGGGCACCAUCCGCCAGACAAACAACCUCUCCCAACAGCCAGUGGAGGGGGACGACCACAGCCUGACUAUGACGUUCACACCGCGCCGCAAGUAGCCGGACCACCACCGAGAAGCGCCCACUUAGGUCCUCCUCGCAUUUGUAUCUGCCUUUGUGUAUUGUACAGUGCCUUUCAUAAUCUGUGACUCAUUACAGACUGGUCUUGUAUAUUAUUUCUUUUUCAACUUUGAGGUUUUGUAUUUUUAAGAAGAUGAUAUAACUAGCUGUAAUAUCUUAAGUGCAUUCUAACUAAUCUGUCUGGGGGGGCUUUUAUAUUAAAUGGGAAACUUUCUAAAUUUGUGCUUCCACAUAGAGUAGUUUCAGGGAGUCUCUAUUGACAUUAUGCUUUCAGUAAUGUAGUGCACUAAAGGUAAUUUUCCUCCGCAGAAUUACAACAGCAGCAUAGUGGUGAAAUAAAAGGAUAUCUUAAGGUUGCUGCUUCAGCUUCCAAAAAACACUUCUGCUGUAGUACCUGUCAGUAAGAAACUUACCCUGAAUUUCUCCAGUAAAACUCUGUAGUUGAAAAUUAAUCGACACUAAGUCGCUUUGCAAUAACAGCACCAGCUAAGAGACUAAAUAAACCCAUU